AGGAGUAUCAAGGAGCCUUUCCGCAGCCUCUUGUGUCACCAUUCGAUCCACAUACCUUGAGAAGCUUGAGUCUUUUGAUUCGUUUCUGCAAGGAUUAUCCCAUCUGUUCCAGAGCAUCAUCCUAGGAUCUCAUCAAGUGGUAUCAGAGCAACUCUGGAAGGGAAGUGUUCGAUUUUUCUCUCUGAUUUUCGUUUGGGUCUGUUUAUAUUCUGUCGAGUUUGAUCUGAUCUGUGUUCUUAGCGUUUAAAUCUGAUAAAUCCGUUUGUGUUUGCUAAAAACCUGUCGAUCUAUUCUUAUUCUCACUAGUUUUGAUUGAUCUAUGAUUGUGUUGUUGAGUUUUAAUAGAUUCAAGCUUGUUGAUCUCGUUUCUGAUAAAAACUUUUCACAUUCUUGUUGCAGAAGUAAUCGAUUUGCUUGAUCUGUUUCUGUUUUGGAUUUGUGUGAUUCUGAUCUGUUCUUAUUGCUUUAAAUAUAAUCUAUCUUGUUUGGUUGAUUAGAUUUCGAAUUUAAUCUGUCUCUGUUUAAGAUUGAUCGAUCAUAUUGCGUUGGUGAAUUGUUCUGAUUAUCAAACUGUUUUAUUUGAUUUGCUUGUCGUUUUAAAAUUGAUCUGUUGUUAAUUCUGAGUGUUGUUUCUCUUAGAACUAGUUACUGGUUUCUGUUUUAUUUGUAUCUCAGGUACCAAUGGAGAAGGAGCACAAAGGAAAACAUCAGCCAAAGAAAAAUAGAGAAUGCUCAAGAUCAACCAGAGAUGAGUACAGGCAAAAAGAGUUUGAUCAGUUUGACAGAAACCGGAAGCAUGCUGUAUAUGAAUUUCAAAUCCCUCCAUUCCAUGGCAAGGCGGCUCCUGAAGCUUAUGCGAAGUGGGAAAAGAAGAUUGAGUUGAUUUUCAGUAGUAAACACUAUGCUGAAAGAAAGAAGAUUCAAAUGGCUACUGCUGAGUUUUGUGGUCAUGCUUUAAGAUGGUGGAAUCAGUUGAUAAAGUACAGAAGACUUGAUGGAAAAGAACCAGUGGAAACAUGGCUUAAGCUGAGGGCUUUGAUGCGUAGAGAGUACGUUCCAAGACAGUACCACAAGGAAGUUAUUCAAAAGCAGCCUGAGACAAAGCUAUGUUCUUCAUUAUCAGUUCAGAAACAACCAGACAGCAAGAGAUCAAGUCCAUCUAGUAACCUGGUUUCAUCAAGCAAAACAUCAACCCAUUCCUUUAAAGAUAGCAUAAGGAAGGCAAUUUCACAAGCGUUUAGGGAUGUGGAGAAACAAUUUAAACAGUCCAAGACUAUAUCUCCAUCCUUAGAAGUACAGAACCAAGCGCCUUCCUCAACUGUCUCAGAACUCAAAGAUGCAGAACCAGACUCAGUUGCACAAUCAGACUUGGCUGCACUAGUUCAAGAAGAUCAAACCGAGAUUCCAACAAUCACCAUUCAGAAACAUGAUCAACCCAUCAAGGACGACCUGAUUCUCUUCAAACAGGAUGUAAUAGAAGAGGAGGCACCCAUGGAAUCAAAAUCAGACAGUGGAGUAGAGCAUCUAUUUGUCACUGAUUCAAACGGUUUCCAAAGGACAUUCUUGGGUACUUUUCUCAUCAGUCCUUUUGUGUGGAACAAGACCAGAGCAGUAGAGCUUUCAAGACACCAACUGGGCAUGGAACAUGUUGUAUUUGAGCCUGGAGGAGAGUUGUGGAAUCACAGGAACAAUCCCUUAGUGAUUGAGAAGAAAUCGGCAGCAACAACAAUUGUUUUUGGUGAUCUUUUACCCUCUGAAGCUAAAGGGAUGCACGUCUCAGCUCAGCAAGAGUUUCACUACGAAACAAAUUGGAGAAUGUUACCCAUUCUUUCCUGGAUCCAACAAACCAGAAAACGCAGCAAAUGGCCUCCUGAUCAUCAAGAUAUUGUCAAUUCCGCAAAACAUAUCGGUUUAGCCAAAUUCUGUGAGCUGCUUAUAUCAGAUUGGGGUGGAAGGUUACAGUUCUACUUGUGGAAAACUGGAGCAUAUUCCAGCAUACUUAUCAUCCUUGGAGAGUGCUCUGCUCGUAGUAGAACCAGUUGGGGUAAUAAAGAGUUGGAAGCUGAUCAAAAUGCCUUGCUUCUUGAUCAUGUUAAGGUGUGGAAACCACCAGAUUUGCAAAAGCUUCAAUACCAUUUCAGAGAUUGUCAAACCAAGAGUGGAGAUGGAGAUUUCACUAGAUUAAAUGGUGAAGUGAUUACUGGAAUAGGAGGAGAACUCAUGUUUUCUUCUCAAAUCAAGGAGAAACCACCAGAUGGACUCAGUCUACAUCAAUCUCCAAAUAAACCAACCCGAGGUCAAACAGUUCUGAGUACUAGAAUUUUCGAAAAGAGAGGCUAUAGUAAUGAUCAGAGUAUCAAGAAUGGAUCCUUGGCUAAAUUGGAGAUGCAACAAUCAAAUCUUGGAAGCUGUCUAGCCGCCAACUCUGACAUAGGAGCAGUCCGAGGAUCAUAUCUCAGCAACCAGAAGGAAUUAAGCAAGAAACUCAACUGCAAUGGAAACUACACUCAUCAGGGUCUCACGUCGAACUGGAAUCAUGUCCAAAGCUUCUCAAAUGAAAGAGUUAUGGGUUCUACAAGACGGGUGAUUCUGUGUUUGCUUUGUUUGAAUUUUUCUGAGUAUAGAACAUCUCAAUCCUAUAUAUGGCGACCAGGUGAGCAUGCUAAGGUAACCAAUCAUGUUUUCAAGAGUUCUUUUAUUGAUUACACAGAUAUGAUGCACUUGUUUUUGUCAAAAAAGUCAUGUGCAGAUUAUAUGGAAGCUUUGAAGUAUGCAAAGACAAAGAACAAGCGUGAGGAAGACAAACGUUUCAAGCCGCCUGAUAUAAGCCAGGAGAGACAUCAGGACGUCACUUGCUUCAUCCUCAUCAAAGAAGCACCUCCAGAUGCAGCAUACAAGCCAAAACCGAGAAAAGACAACUUUGGGAUAAGACUCUUACUCUAUGAUGAUUUUACUUGUGUUAACUUGUCUUGUUUCAAUGUAUCAGGUUUAAGUAAUGCUUCAGGAGUGAGGAAAGCCAAAUGGAUCAGUCCCUUCUACCUAAUAGAACCAGUCAGCGAUAAUGCCUAUCCAAGAGGCUUGCAAGGUAAGUGUAAUCUGAUUAUAAACUCUGAUGUUACUGACUUGGUCCCUUCUAUUGCAGGUAACACAGAUUUGAGGACAAAUCUUUUUGAAGUGGGAGGGGAUGAUGUGAUCAUGGAAAGCACCAAGGACUGGAAGCAUGAACCUGAACCUGAAGAGCUUGUAGCUGAGGGUGCAACCUUGAAGAACAUUUGGAAACAAGAAGAAUACAUUAGUCUUGGCCGAAGCUUGAUCAUCCAAGACACCUUAACCAUCAUUCAAGCUACUCCACCUUCAAGCUGAUCAUCAU